CUGGAGCCUUCGGUGCCCGCAUCAAAGAAAGCUGGCCUAGCUGGCCUAGCUGGCCUAGCUGGCCUAGCUGGCCUGGCUGGCCCUGCUGGCGCACGAGUGUUGUUCUUCAUCAGAGGAUAUCCACCAGCGCGCGACGCUUUCCGCGGUUGUGCACAUCUUCACGUAUUCGCUUUCGCGCUGCAUCACAUAUCACAUUGCACCUCUUCCGAAUGCGGCCAAGCGUCUGCCACAGUGCACGGGACAGCUCAGCCACGACUGGCAUUCGUCAUAGCCAGGCGCGACAAGAGACGAUUGAUUCCUGAAAGAACCGACCCACGUCCGUCUGCCCUUUUCAACACCCACCGCCCCGUCCUGCACUUCCUCUAGCAAUCGCACUGCUCCUGGCCUCCGUCCCUUGGCACGCAUAUAUCUUGUAGCACUACUCCCACCACCAUCGCCAACCAAUGAGCUGGAAGGGCAUAACCAAGAGUGUCACUCGGGCCCCGCAAAGCAUCAAGCAGCGGUUCAAUUUGGGCGAAAUCACAAAGGACCCCGUCUACACCGAUGCCGAGCGACGCUUUCAGGAGCUGGAAAAGGAGACGAAGAAGCUCCACGAUGAAUCCAAGAAGUAUUUUGAAGCCAUAAAUGGCAUGCUCUCACAUCAAAUCGAGUUCUCCAAGGCUAUACAAGAAAUCUACAAACCCAUCUCCGGGCGCAUGUCGGACCCUGACUCGUUCAUAGCAGAGGGAAACCCAGAAGGCAUAAGAGCGUGCGAGGAAUACGAGUCCAUCGUCAAGGAACUUCAAGCCACACUGCAGCCCGAGCUGGAGAUGAUAGAAACACGAGUAAUACGGCCCGCAGACGAGCUCCUCGAGAUUAUCAAGGCCGUACGCAAGAUUGCCGUCAAGCGAGAUCACAAACAGCUCGACUACGAUCGCCAUCGCGCUACCCAGAAGAAGUUGCAGGAUAAGAAGGACAAGACGCUGAAGGAUGAAAAGGCCAUGUACAAGGCCGAGAAUGACGUUGAACAAGCUACCCAGGAGUUCAACUAUUUCAACGACCUACUCAAGGAUGAGCUACCCAAGCUUUUCAGGUUGGAAAGAGAGUUCAUUCGGCCUCUGUUCCAGUCCUUCUAUUAUAUGCAGCUGAAUGUCUUCUACACAUUACAUGAGCGCAUGCAGAGCAUUGACAUUGGGUACUUUGACUUGACCCUGGACAUUGAGGCCGCGUUCGAGAAAAAGAGAGGGGAUGUCCAGGCACAGACUGAAGCUAUCUCCAUUACAAAGUUCAAAACUACAGGCGGUCGCAAGCCCGGGCAGUUGAAGUACGGCCAGAAAACCCUUGAAGCCAAAUCUGAAGCUCCGUCCACGCGACGAUCCACAUUAUCCGAUUCCACAGAAACUCCUCCACCUCCUUAUAGUCCUAGUCCAGCCAACAAUUCUCUUUCUCCCCCCCUUUCGGCAACGUCAUGGGGUUCGGUAGCCAAGUCAAAGGGUGCGGCUCCACCACCACCGAAACCGAAGCCAUCUCGGUUAAGCGGCACGCCCGCUACAGAAACUGUCACCGCUCUAUAUGAUUACGAGGCUCAGGCCGAAGGAGAUUUAAGCUUCCUCACUGGAGACGUCAUCGAGAUUAUAACCCGGACUCCAAACGACAAUGAAUGGUGGACUGGAAAAGUCAGGGGGAAGACAGGGCAAUUUCCCGGUAACUAUGUCAAACUAAAUUCAUAGGGGUGGCGGUAGUGUAAGAAGGAGUUUUUGGUGGUCCUUUUCAAGCAGUACAGUCCAGCAUUAGGUAUCGAUUUCUAACUUGUUCCAUUCGUACGCUUCAGUAGGCGCCGAUUUUGGUUAAAGACAUGACUCUCCAAGACUCUUAUUCCGCUGCGCUCUUGUAUCGCGAGGCAGCUUUGUAUUCAAUUUCAAUAUUGUUGACUCAACCCGCUGGGCCUUGUCUAGCUCUACUGACCAACAUUUCUUCGCUACAAGGAAAGCAUAUAUAAGAAGACUCCCUAUCUCAAUCUAGAAAAUACAGCCAA